GUUCGCAACGCUGAUCUUUUCGACUACAUGUACGAUAGUGACUUGCAAUGAGCAGCAAAGACCCCUCAACGGCGAAAGCAAAGCCAAUGCCUAUCGGGUCUCGCAGAGUUGCCCCUAGUCCCCCGGACAGCAAUGGGAGCUUGACAGAGCAUCUCGUCAAUGUGAGCCAUGUGCUGAAGGAAGAGACAUUGAAAUCUGGGCAUGCUGUCCACUCAGUCUACCUAGAUUUCCACAAAUUUUUGAAUAGAGGCAAUGUGGUUGACAUGGCGGUUGGGAUUGUCAUGGGAACAGCAUUCACAGCAAUCGUCACAUCCCUCGUCAACGACAUCUUCCUUCCGAUCGUCAGUCUUGCCUCGCCCUCAUCCCAGCUAUCCAACCUGUACAUUUUGGUGAGAUGCCCCCAGAAAAACGGUGUGACUACGCCUUGCAAUAGAUCAACAUAUAACACGCCAGCGGAUGCGAAGGCAGCGGGGGCGAUCACAUGGAACUGGGGAAGCUUUAUCCAAAAUAUCGUCAACUUUCUGUUGAUAUCGUUGAUUGUCUUCUUCAUCGUCAAAGCGUACGCAAAAGCGUUUCGAAGCGAUGAACCAGUCAAAGCGCCUUCAACGAAACCUUGCGCGAUGUGCACCAAAGACAUUCCGCUCAAGGCCAAACGCUGCCCAGAGUGUACGGCUGACGUUCUGGAUGAUGGAAGCGGAAACAACAGUAGUCACGGCGACGACCGGUCUAUCGAACGAAUAGAAAUGUCCCGAGCUCGCUGAUGUACGGGUGUGAACUAACCAACAAACUUGGCCGCCGUAGCGCGGUCCAACUGAUCCAUUCCCAACGGCUCUAUCUGGGAUCAUCUACGUAGCAUUUAACGUACAUUGCGACACGAGGGGGUUGUCUUAUGGACUAACUAACUUGCUUGUUGCCCGUCACUUCGCAUGAGGCGUCUGACACCUCUGUCGCGCGAUGGACAUCCUAGUUUUAUGGGUCAGUCAUGGACUACCAAGCAACACCCUUUGCAAGAAUAUAUGUACACCCUCCCCACAUACCUCUUACAAACUCACAAUGUACGGGUUGACAUGUGGUUGCUCAGGGAAAUUGAAUGCGGUAGGCGGGUUUCAGCUGUAGUGUAAGCUCGUAGUGGAGCUGCAUGUGGAGGAGGUGCCGGAACGGGUAGCGGCGCUGCAAUGACUUGGCAGCCUGGAUAUCUAGGGCUCCUCCCCCUGUGG